UAUUAGCUGCUAUAUAAGUUUUAUUAUCACAGAACUCACGUUACUUUCGCCGUUUUAUCACACUGUAAUAACAAUAAUUAUUAUGUUUUUCCCUUAAUGUAUUUUUGUUGAUAGUUGUCGGUAGUAAAGACAAAAUGUGGUGCGGAAACUUGUAUCGAACCAUGGGUUUUGCCGCCCUUUUUAACUUCCUGAUGCCGGUUUCGAUGGCCAUCGACUCAAAUUGUGACUUUUACCAAGACAUGGAAUUAGGACAAAACUACUACAUUUACAAUCCGGGGUAUCCGAAUUAUACCGGACCUCCAAUUGCUUGCCGAUGGGUUGGGAAAAGUCCCGUUGGCACCGUCAUAGUCCUAACGUGUGAAGAUAUUGAUAUAUCGACUUCUUAUAACUGCUACAGCGAUCGGCUUUCUGUUUCCCGAAGCGGAGAUGAAAACUUACAAAAGCAGACCACAAACUAUUGCGGGAAGACGUCGACUACAGUUCUAACCGAAGACAAUGCUAUUGCAGUUGGGUUCUUCUUAACUAACCCUAUGUACGGGGGGCGUUUUUCUUGCUCUUUAACACCGAUGCAAACAUCGCCUCCUACCACAACCACGGCACGACCCAACACUUGUGACUGCGGUUGGAAAAAAGGGACUAGGAUUAUUGGAGGGCAUGAGACCGGUAUUAACGAAUACCCAUCAAUGGCCGCUAUGGUCGAUCGCUGGACGUUCGAUGCCUUCUGUGGUGCCUCAAUUAUUUCAGACAGAUACGCCCUAACUGCUGCUCACUGUCUUUUACAUAAAACACCCGACGAUUUUGCUUUACUAGUGGGAGACCACAAUAUGACUUCUGGCGAUGACACCCCUUAUGCCGCCGUUUACAAAAUUUCAAAUAUGUUUUCACACCCGUCAUACGACCAAAGCACCCAACUUAAUGACAUUGCGGUUUUGCAAACUGAAAAACCAAUCGAGUUCAGCCUUUUUGUAGGCCCCGUUUGUCUGCCAUUUAGAUACACGUCGGUCAAUUUUCUCAGCCAAACUGUUACAGCUUUAGGUUGGGGUUUUGUCGAUGUCGCUGGGCCAAAGUCAGACACACUUCAAGAAGUCGACUUGACUGUGGUUUCUACAGAAGAAUGCAACGCUACGAUCACAGACAACCCUGUAACCUAUCGUCAAAUCUGUACCUACGCACCUAAUCGAGAUGCCUGCCAGAGUGACUCUGGAGGACCGAUUCUCUGGCAAGACCCAAACACAAGGAGACUACAGUUGCUUGGAAUCAUUUCUUACGGAAUCGGAUGUGCAACUUCGAGACCAGCAGUAAAUACAAGAGUUACGUCAUAUCUUAGGUGGAUUGUGUCUGUUACUGAAGAUGCUUUCUACUGUAUCAAAUAGUACAACAAUUACCAAAAAAUCGCCACUAUUUAAUAAAGACUUAUAAAGAGCA